AUGUACUACGUUGACUCGCAGCGAACGCUCACGCGAAGGGAUAGCUCUUUGGUUUUUUCAAAAAAAUCCGAACUCGAUGAAGAAUUUGAUGUUAAAUCCACUGCACGAGGACCAUCAACUAUUCGUCUUACGACUGACGACUCCGCCCAUGCGUCUGUCGUUAUCAGACCUAAGGGUUCAGUACAGAAAGAACUUGUUACGUUGAUGUUUGAAUCUAUGUUAGAUAGUAUUGUAGAAUCAUGGCAAAUUUUAACACCUCUUAAGCAAGAUGAAAACCUUACAAAAGUUGAGAAAACACCAAGUGAUCUCACUAGUAAAAAGAAAAAGACAAUUGCUAAAACUUCGAAAACUAAAAAAAGCCGUUCUAAAAUGGAAUUUAAUGAUUUUAGUAAUCAGAAUAAUCCCUCAAAUCAGGUUUGGUGGAAUGGUCCCGAUGAAAGAGUUGUCAUAAAGUUUAAGAAUGGAAAUGUAUAUGAGGGAAACAUCUCCAUGAAGUGUAUGCACGGAGAAGGUCGUUUUCAGUGGGCAGAUGGAACAAUUUACUUGGGCCACUUCAAAGAUAACGAAAUAAAUGGGAAAGGUUUGAUAAGAUGGAAAGAUGACACUUGGUAUGAAGGAGAUUUUAGUGAUAAUCUUCGUCACGGCAAAGGCCUUUAUGUCGAUUCGCGCCGUCAGCGUUGUUUCUUGGGCGAUUGGCACUGUGGAACUAAGCAUGGAAGAGGCGUUAUGAAUUAUUCGGAAACAUUUAAAAACUCAUAUGACGGACAAUGGAAUCACAACGUGCGUCAUGGAUUUGGAUCUCGAGAGUACUCUACGACAAGCGGUUAUAAAGGAGAAUGGGACAGAUAUCUUCGAGAAGGAAAAGGACUAGUGAUCUGGCCAAAUCACGAUUUUUAUAGUGGUGAAUGGAAAAAUGGAACCAUGUCUGGCUAUGGUAUUUACAUUUGGGAUGCCUAUAAUAAUAAUUCUUUAUCUUUACCAUCCAUAAAUAUAUACCGAGGCUUCUGGGUUAAGGGGCAGCGUAAUGGCUACGGUAUUUUGAAUUUGGGGCUUGGCGCUAGUUCACACUACAGAGGAGAAUUUCAAAAUAACAAGAAGAACGGAGCAGGAAAGUUUGUGACCAACAAUGGCCUUGUCCUGCAGCAUAAAAAACUUUUCCUUAACGAUAAUUUAAGUGAUAUGGCGCCCGAGGAAAAUUGUUGUGAAUUGUUGCAACAAGAAAAACAUUGUCAGGAAGUCGAACCUUUUUUAUUCGAUAUAUGUGCUGAUCACACUAUCGGACUUGCAUACCAUGUAGAAGAAGCUAUAAAAAAUAUUGAUAAAGGAAUGGAAGACAGAAGUAAAAUAAUUAAUGAUUACUUGGAGAGUAACAUGUCACAAUAUCGUAAUGAGCUAAGGAGAAAUACAAUGCCUUACGACAAUACUUACCCAUUCAGUAUAGAAGACUUCAUAGAUUUUGAAGUAGAUUCUCUACAAAAGUCACUUCGGUGUUAUGAAACUGAAUUAAAAGUAAUUUAUUAUAAGUAUGCUACAAUUUUCAAUAAAGAAGAGAUUAAUUUCACACCGGUUUUAAUACGAUUUGGCUUGUGGCAAUUAUUUUUCGAUUGCAAUGUGCACGAGAAGGGCCUAACACUUGUUGAAAUCGAUAAAAUUUUCCACAAAAAUCCUCAAUGGUUAGCGAGAACACCACAUAAUCCUUUUGAAGAAAUAUAUUUUUGGCAAUUUCUACACAGUAUAAUAUCUGUGGCCAGUAAAUUGUAUGCAUUGAAAGAGCUUCCUAAAACAAAACCAGAUACGCUUCUGUCGACUGCGUUAAGACAGUUUAUAGAAAAGGAUGUUUGGCCAAAUGUUGGUAGAUGCAAAGGAAGGCUCUCAAAUGCAUAUAUCAAUUACAUUCCUCUAAAAGGAUCUUACGAAUUAUACAAAGCAAUUGGCGAACCACAUACUGUCAGGAAUUUUUUAUGUGCAAUUCGACGAAGCAUGCACAUUUUAGACGACAGUGAAAUAAAGAUUAUUGAAACAUCAAACGAGACUAUACCAAUUGGUCGAAACGUUUUUCUUUUCAGCGAUGAAAUUACAUUUGUCACUGUUAUUAUAUCUUGCGCCGAGGAAAGUGUUGCGCAAAAUGUGAUGGACGCAGAAUUUUACACUGCCAAUUAA